AUGGGUGGCCCGCGCUCAGGUGCGCGCUGCCUGCACUGGCUGCUGCUCUCCUCCUCUUUUCGCAGCGUAGCGGCGCUCAGUGUGCGAUGGGACGGUCAUCUGAGCCGACGAGCGGCCGCGUGGGGAGGGCUGGCAGCAGCGACGUGCAGCGGGCCUGUCUUGCCUGCGUCGGCAAGGAUAUUCACGUGGCCUGGGGGCGGCCCGGCGGUGUCCGACACCGAAAGGUCCGACCUUCUGGUCGAUAAGCUCGAGCGCAAGUAUCUGCUCAACCCGGCCGACCUUUCCGGUGUGACGCUGCCGGCGGGCCUCCGAAAUCAGAAGGACGCUGUGCUGAUCUUCCACGGGCGCGGUGGUGAGGACCGCGAAACGGACGAUCUUCGGAGCGCUAUGCGCGCCUCCGACGCAUCCGUGGGCAUCUCGCGCUUCGUCGACUGCUUCAACUGGGAGCAGUGGAUCGACCAGGAUCCAACGAGGCUCUCGCGCGUGGCGCAGGACGUCGGUGCCAGGCUUGGCCGUGCGCUGGCGGACGAGGCGCCCGGGCUGCGCUCGCUGCACGUGAUAGGCACCUCGGCUGGCGGGUUUGUCGCCAACCAGUGCGUCUCCGACUACGUCGCGGCGCGGCAGGGCCGAGGAUCGCGCGCGCUGGUGAGGCUGUCGCUGACCGACCCGUUCACCUCGGGCCCGCCCGACGACGAGGUGCAGCGCGGGCUGCGCGGUCUCGACGGCUUCGCGUCGAUCGACGCGUCGACGAUCGCGGCAGCGCGGCGCGCCGAACAGUUCGGGCGCGACGCCGACUUUGCCGAGCAUUUCGUGAACACGGACGACCUCGUGCCGUAUACAAGCACGCCGCUGCCGCUCUGCUUCUGCUACGACGUGACCGCGGCGGCCGAGCGCGCGACGUUCCCGCUGCCGGGCGGCGGCCGCUCAGGCAAGCCCGCGAAGGACUUGCUGCUGCGCGCGCUCGGCUACCACAAUUGGCCGAUGGGGUACCUGGCACGGCACUACGAGACAGUGCUCGACGCAAAGGGGCGCAUCCGCCACCCCAGCCACGACCAGCUGCCCCGAGGCGCCGUCGAGCGGGUUACGUGA